AUCCUAUCUGACUCUUCAUCACCAUGGCCCCUCUCAUCGUCGUCGCAGGCAUUGGUAACGGUUCAGGAACUGGAGCCGCCACCGCGCGUCUCUUCGCAAAGGCGGGCUACAACGUCGCGCUGAUAGCAAGGGGCAGUGACCAUCUUACCAAAUUCAGGGAUGAACUCAAGAGUGGUGGCGCGAAUGCCACGGACUUCCCCAUCAAGGACUACUCUGUACAGUCCCUCAGCUCCGCCUUCGCGAGCAUCAAGUCUACCUACCCCAACUCGCCCCUCCGCGUCGCCUUGUGGAACGCCGGCUCGGCCGUAUGGAAGCCCUUCCUCGAGAUCACGCCCGAAGAGGUGCAGAACAUCACGGACACGAACGUCGUCGGCGCCUUCGCGUUCUCUCGUGAGGUGCUUCAGGUGCUCACUACCCAGGAGGUUGAGGCGGCCGCCGAGGGCGGUCUUGCGGGUGAUAGGCAGAAGAAGGGCACUUUAUUGUUCACUGGGGCUACUGCCAGCAUUAGGGGUAACACCACGACGAGCGCGUUUUCGGCUGCAAAGCAUGCGCUUCGUGCGCUAUCGCAGAGCUUAGCGAAGGAAUUUGCAAAGCAAAACAUCCAUGUUGCACAUGCUAUCAUUGACGGAGGCAUCCUCACCGCACAGUCUCGCAACAAGGACAACGCCGAGUGGGUCGCAAACGUCAAUGUGCGUCUUGAUCCCAACUCCAUCGCAGCAGCGUAUGAGUAUCUGGUAAAGCAAGACAGCUCCUCGUGGACCUGGGAGCUUGACUUGAGGCCUGCUCAUGAGAAGUGGUAAACGAGUGGGUAAUUGUGACCAAAACAAGUUUGUAAGGUGUACUACUACGUGAUCAAUGAGCAUUUGCUUGCAUGUGACGAUGUCGAACGCGCU